CUACAUAGCAUCAAAGAGUGAACACUUAGUAGGUGUAUUUAAAAGAAUCAAGAUUUGGAGUAUUCUCUUUCAAUUGCAGCAUUGAAAGAUAAUCAAAGAAAUGGGAUUUGAGGGAGACGAAGAUAAUCAAAGAGUUCAAUCCGUUAUUCAACUUCUCAACAAACAAUCUCCACUUUCCCUCAAACAGGAGAAAUUCUGCAACAAUGCAUGCGUGGAGAGGUUUUUGAAAGCCAAAGGCCUAAGUGUGAAGAAAGCAGCUAAACAUCUCAGGAAUUGCCUUUCUUGGAGAGAUUCAUUUGCCCUUGAUCAUUUGAAAGCUGAUGAAUUCUCUCAUGAGAUUGCUCAAGGAAUGGCGUACGUUGCUGGUCAUGACGACGAUCUAAGACCUGUCGUGAUUUUCCGGAUCACUAAAGAAUACCAGAAAUUCCAUUCUCAGAAGCUAUUUAAUCGGUUGCUAGUGUUUACACUGGAAGUGGCAAUUCAAACCAUGCCAAAAAAUGUCGAACAAUUUGUCCUCCUCUUUGAUGCAAGCCUUUGCAGAUCAGCAGGUGGAUUUACGAACAUGUUGGUUGGAAGUCUGAAAAUCAUAGGUGAAUAUUACCCAGGAAGACUUCACAAGGCUUUUGUGAUUGACCCUCCACCCCUCUUCUCUUACCUCUGGAAGGGAGUUAGGCCAUUCGUUGAGCUUUCACCGAUCACGAUCACCAUAUCGUCGCUCGAUUUUGAAGAAUCGGCCGGAUUGGAUGAUCUAACGCGACUGCGCUUUAACUCUUCCUCAUCAAGAUUCUCGGAGUUGAAAUUAGGUGCGAAGAUAUCUCAUCUGAAUUUUAGGUCUCACUCCUUAAGGGUGGUCGGAAAGGGCUUCUUGCCGGAAACGACACAACCCAGAACUCCAAAACCCUCCUUCUUCGUCCAAAUCCAUUCGUCAUCCUUGUUUUCAAGGAGUAGAGUGGAGAGAAGCACAAAAUCGUUUAUGCCAUAUAUAAAGUUAUAUCGACAGCCCUAUGACGAGAUGAUUUAUAGAUCAAAGAUGAGGCCUCCUCUUGGCGGCCUCAUCUCCGUUGUGUGUCCACAUAUCACCCGCACUCAUGUCUUUCACUCACAACGUUUUUUCAUCUAAAUUAUCUAUUUUGAAACACUCUUGUUUUGGUAUUAUUAGCUCACAAAUCUCCAUUAGUUACAUUGUCAAUUUGAUUUUCCUUCA